UGAUUUUGAUGUGUAAUGAUGGAUGGAAAAACUGCUUAAUGUCAAAUGUGAGGCAACAAACAUCACAAUGACCACACUUAAAACUCCCUGUUGUAAUACUUGUGGAUUCUACAUUGGAUUUUUUGAAGUCAGAAUGAAUAAGAAUGUCUUUUAAAUUUUUAGAUCGUUUGUGGGCUAUGAUAGGUAUAUCUUUGCAUCCUGGGAUCUCCCGUAUGAGGUGCCAAUGUUUGUUAAUGAUCUUGCGAAUAUGUUGGGUUUGUGUGGUAAGUGUUAGUGGACAAAUUAUCCUGUUCUGUUGUCGUUUGGGUUUGUAUGUCAAUAAUGUACUUCUAUCAAUUUGUAGGGACUUCUGAAAAGCCUGUUGUAGUAUUUUAGCUGGAUAGCCUCUAGCUUUAAGUUUACUGUUGAGAGAAUGGGCUGCUGAGAGAUAAUGAUCUGACUUGCUUAACAAAAAUUAGAAGAGAAAGUCUAGAUUCCACUUUAUACACACAUUUUCAUGAUAAAUCUCACCCAUAUAACAGCUUUAAAUUUUUUGCUCUAGAGAAGUUACAUACUACUGCUUACACAGACAUUAGAACUGGUCUCCUCAGAAGAGAAACUUUUUGGAUUCACAAACUGAGAACAACCACCCCUCAUGGUUUAAACGAUAGACUAGACCUCAGCUGUUACCUGUAAUCAUAUAUUUAAACACUUAGAAAACCAUGUAUGACUGCUCGCAUCACAGAAACCACAUUUCAGCAAACUGACACUGCGAAUCUGGAAGUGAUUCCUUUCUAAAGAAUUGAAACCACAAAGAACAAAUGAAACCUCUAUUUCUCCAUUGACAAGGGAGCCCCAUCACAUUGCUUUAUAAUGGGCACCACAAAUGAAGAGACAGUCCCAGUGGAACAGAACUUGAACCCUCUGUGCUUUGAAUGCGGGCAACAGCACUGGACGAGGGAGAACCACUUGUACAAUUAUCAGAACGAUGUGGACGAUGACUUGGUCUGCCAUAUUUGCCUUCAACCCUUGCUACAGCCAUUAGACACCCCUUGUGGUCACACAUUCUGCUACAAGUGCCUACGGAACUUUCUGCAGGAGAAGGAUUUCUGCCCUUUGGAUCGCAAAAGGCUCCAUUUUAAGUUGUGCAAAAAAUCCAGCAUUCUUGUUCAUAAACUGCUCGACAAGCUCUUUGUGUCAUGUCCCUUUGCUUCAGUAUGCGAUGAGAUAAUGCAACGUUGCGACCUGGAAGCUCACCUCAAAAACAGGUGUCCUGGGGCUUCCCAUCGACGAGCCGCCUUGGAGAGAAGAAAAAACAGCAAGCUGCAGACUGACACUGAGAGUGAAAACGAGAGCAGCGUGAUCGAUCGCCCUGGUUCCCAGUCUCCGGAUGCAGAGCAUGCCGGGACAGGAACAACACCAGCCGAGCAGAACAUUACAUCAGCCACUGUUCCAGUGUGGACAGAUGAGUCUGGCCUUGACAACCCUGCCUUUGAAGAGAGCACAGGAGCUGACACAACCCAUCACCCGCCAAGUUUGCCAGAAGGCGAGAUCACAACCAUUGAAAUCCAUCGGUCCAAUCCUUAUAUUGAGCUGGGAAUUAGCAUCGUGGGUGGCAAUGAAACACCUUUGAUCAACAUUGUUAUUCAGGAAGUUUAUCGAGAUGGGAUUAUUGCCAGAGAUGGACGGCUCCUUGCUGGAGAUCAAAUACUGCAAGUCAAUAACUCUGAUAUCAGCAAUGUGUCCCACAACCACGCCAGAGCUAUUCUGUCCCAGCCUUGCGCAGUGUUGCACCUCACCGUACUCCGAGAGAGACGCUUUGGGAGCCGAACUCACAACCACAGUGACAGUCCUCCCCAGAGAGAGGAAAGUUUUCACGUGACCUUGCACAAGCGAGAUUCCAGUGAGCAACUUGGCAUUAAGUUGGUGCGCAGAACAGAUGAGCCGGGAGUUUUUAUCCUUGACCUUUUAGAAGGGGGCCUGGCUGCUCAGGAUGGAAGGCUGUGUAGCAAUGACAAGGUGUUGGCCAUCAACGGGCAUGACCUCAAGCAUGGCACACCUGAAUUGGCUGCUCAGAUUAUCCAGGCCAGUGGAGAGCGGGUGAGUCUAACCAUUUCCAGACCUGCCAAGUCACAAAUUGUAAGCAUCCUAAGAGACGGAGGCACCCACCCAGUCAGCCAGCACCCAUCUCACACGCUCUACCACAGCAGCAGGCCCAGCCCACACAGGGAUCUCUCACAGUGUGUGACUUGCCAAGAGAAGCACAUCACGGUGAAGAAGGAGCCCCAUGAAUCCCUUGGUAUGACCGUAGCCGGAGGCAGAGGCAGCAAAAGUGGAGAGCUCCCCAUCUUUGUUACAAGCGUGCAGCCUCACGGCUGCUUGGCCAGAGAUGGCAGAAUCAAAAGAGGUGAUGUGCUGAUGAAUAUUAAUGGCAUUGAUCUGACCAACUUAAGUCACAGUGAGGCGGUGGCAAUGCUCAAAGCCAGUGCUGCCUCUUCAGUUGUUGCCCUAAAAGCCUUGGAGGUUCAGAUUGCUGAAGAACAACCCCAAGCAAAUGAUGAGCCCCCCAGCACCAUCAGCGAGAAUGAAUAUGAUGCAAGCUGGUCUCCAUCGUGGGUGAUGUGGCUGGGGCUUCCAAGCUGCCUGCACAGUUGCCACGACGUAGUGCUACGGAGGAGCAAUUUGGCAAGCUGGGGCUUUAGCAUUGUUGGGGGCUAUGAAGAGAAUCACACAAACCAGCCUUUCUUCAUAAAAACGAUUGUUCUGGGAACACCAGCAUACUUUGAUGGAAGACUUAAGUGUGGCGAUAUGAUUGUUGCGGUCAAUGGACUUUCAACUGUUGGGAUGAGCCAUUCAGCGCUGGUUCCUAUGUUGAAGGAGCAAAGGAAUAAAGUAACAUUGACAGUUAUCUGCUGGCCAGGAAGUCUUGUAUAGACUCACAAAGCAACACCCCCUUGUGUUCAAGCAGCUUCUUUUUUCUAAAUGGCUGGUUCAAAACUUUCAAGCAAGCUGUGUUUUCUUUUCUUCUGUUCCUUUUUCUUUUCUACUACUGAUGCAGCUGGUAAUAAGCUGGGCCAAAAAUGCUACCUUCAUAACUGGGAGAGUUGGGAGGGGAGGGUGGAAGGAAGGAAGAUGCUCAACCUCACAGUGUGUAUCCCUUCAUCUUGAAACAGCCAUUUCUAUCAUGUUUCUUGGGUUUUCUUUUUUGGUUUUCACGCAUUGACACCCAGAACAUCCAUGUGUGCCCACACUUUGUCGGCAGAAUCUGAGAGAGUGAGGAGAUAGGUGGGAAUUGUUAUACAGGACCUUUAAUGUUACAGAGUAUGGAAAUAUUUUGGGUUUUUUUUUGGACUCAAGACACUGAGAAACCCCCAGCAAUGCUGACUUAGGGUUACUGAGAGUUGCAGUCCAACAAAGUAAUUUUUCCAGGCUCUGCACAACACUCAUUAGUGAAGGUGCCUCAUUUGUAAAGUACUCGUCGUUUCCUUCUAGGUUUUGCAGCCACCAUUGUUUGGCCAAGCAAACAUCUGGAAGCAUGCUUUAUACUUCUUGAAGUAUGUUCCUAGUGUAACCAUGUAGCCUAAGAGUGCUUCUGCAAGUUACUCAACUAUCUCAAAAUUCCUCAAUAUCUCUCAAAGGACAGGAAAUGCCUUAUGCUAUGACUGCUAUAAAGAAGUUGCAGGAAGUAUAGUCAUCCCUCCACAUCUGCAAACUUGAGUUUUGUAGAUUUGAUUAUUCAUGGAUUUGAUCAAAAAUGUUUUCUCUAGGAAUCCCUAGGUCCUCUGGUCAGCUUACAGUGAAAGUUGAUUGUAGAGUUGUGCUGGGAGACCUAGAAAUUCUUAGAGAGGUAUUCUCUCAGGAAAAAAAAAUAAGAAUUCCUUUAUUUGCAGUUUUUCACUUUCAGGGGGAUCCUGUUCCCCUAACCCCAGCAAGUGCGGAGGGCUGACAAUAUCCCCAGGUGGCACAUGCUGGACAUAAUAAUUGCCCUAUGUGAAAAGGAGCACACCAUGUGAAAAGGAACACACUGGAGCUUCUCCUCCAGUAGCAGCUAUUGCCAUCUCCAGAGAAUGCAGUGCAGGAUUUCCAGGGAUACAGCCAAUAGUUGGACAUGGCCCCAUGUUAUGGCCUUUACCCCAGAAAAGCAUUUACUCUAGCAGAUUGUGAGUGUCAGUGUAUGAAUCUGUUCCUAAAUGCAAUCAGCACUCCCGUGUUUCAGCUCCAAGCAUGGCAAUCGCUUUGUCAGAACAGUCUCUGUAUCAUCCAGUUGCGGUUUUAGUGUGAAUUGUCGUAUAAAUUGCACAGGGGUUAUUAUGUCAGGUCCAUGCCAGCCUUUGAGAUCUUCACUGUGACAUGGAUGGUUUCCAUAUCAGAUACACAAAGUGCAUCCUACACACAUAAUCACCACUCUUUUUACGGGAAAAGGUUGUGUAAUACUGUGUGUCAACAGAAAUCGAAAUCUUGUAACCUGAAUAAAUUAUGAAAACUUGCAAUUGCAUCUGUGUUUUGCAUAAUUUAUUCUGCUCCGGCAAUCCUUGAACGAGAGAUGGAGCCAUAGAAUACUGUGAAGCCCUGGAAAUCCUGUUCAGCCUAGUUUCAAUUUUCAGUAUUUAUUUUUCUUUGUUUUUUAAUGAACACAUUAAAGUUUGCAAAGCAAUAAUCACAGCAAACAGAACAAAUAGCUCAAAAAUAUAUAAACCCCCACAAUGUUUCAAUUUUUCAUCCUAAUUAUUCCAUCUUCAGCUAUGAGGGCCAGAAAUGCUGAGAUCUGGCAUUGUUAAGUUGUGCCAAAUAUUUCUUUCCAGUCCCAUACAGUGUGUCAUAAGAUACCAGAACUGCCAUAGCUCUUGAUUUUGAACUACAACUUCCAGAAUCACCAUGGUCAUUUUGGCUAAGACGAUUUUGAAAGUUGUAUGCCAAAACAGUCAUUUCUCAAAACUCUAGUCUAAACUAAUCCACGAAAAGCCUUCAGUGCAUCCAUGGCAUGGUCUGUGCCAUUUCUUAAACUGUAUAGAUAUGUACUGAAACAACCAUUGUAUAACUGGGUUUCCUGUGCUAGGUUAAUCCACCAGUCAUAAUUUAAAAUUUACAGUUCUGGGUUAGAUGUGAACUGUUUACAUCAGCCCCUUAUAGGCAGAGCCUAAACAUUUUUAGAUGAGUGAUAUCCAAAAUCAAUAAAGCCAUCCUAUAUAAUUUUAAAUUCCCCCUAUAAUUUUUGCAAAUAAAAUUGAAGAAUCAUUUAGACAUUGUCAGUCUCCUCCCCAAAUCGAGUUGUAAUGGGAGAGAUCAAACUAGUUGCAUCAUUUUGUGCUCUUUAGCACGCAUUUUGAAAAGGGCAGAUACUUACCAAGCAUCUUCAUAUUCACCUGCUAUUUUCUCCAUAAUUUUCCAAGAGCCUGUCCUUUUCUGAGGAAACAUUUUCAUCCCAUAGCUUCAUUUGCAGGGCAUGUGUGUUCAUUUCAGUAGGACAAAAGCCUGGGUUUUUAUUUUUGUUUUAUUUUGUAACAAAGUGCAAUAAUUGGAUUAUUUCUUAGCAAGCUAUAUAGUGUAUAAAGAAGUUUACACCCUGAAACUAAAACAUGUUGUUGAUGUGAUUGCUUGCAAUACUGGCAAGAAAGAGAAACCAAAUUAGGAGGUGACUUCAAUCAAUCUGCAAUGUCAGUGUUUACUGAUACUACUGUUCCAAAGUGAAUGUUUUACUAUGUAAGAGUUUUGAUGAAUCUUUUCUUCUAAAAACCAUUUUUACAGUUUAUACUGCAGCUAUCUUUAGCUCUUGAGUGUAUUGUAUGCAAAAUUCAAGGAGUAAUUUAAGAAAAGGGAAAGUGGGGCUGGGAGUGCUAUGUUAUAAGUUCAGGAAUUUUAAAGGGGAGAUAUUCUUCUCCCUAUUGACCCAAAAUGAGAGAAAAAACUGGACAUUUCCCCCUUGUUCUGUCAUCUGCUGACAAAAGCCCAGAUGCCUUCACAUAAAAAUGCUGAAAAAAUA